ACUGGAGAAAAAUCCUAUUGGCAUCGACGAGGCAGGGAGCCAGCCCCUGGGCGCGGCCUGCAGGGGGCAGGCGAUCGCGCGGGGAAGCGGGGGCAGGACGAGGCCGGAGCGGUGCCGGCUCUGCAGCUGUCUACAGCCGCAGGGUGUCCUUGCCGCGCCUCUGCGGGGUGAUCCUUCCUCGGCCCGCGCGGAGAUCCUUCCUCGGCCCGCGCGGACUGCGCGCUACACUUCGUCGCUGACAUGUGUGCCACCCGGAUGCCUCCCUUGGUGCACAUCUUCCGAGGGACGUUCGUCCACUCCACCUGGACCUGCCCCAUGGAAGUGCUGCGGGAUCACCUCCUUGGUGUGAGCGACAGCGGCAAAAUAGUGUUUUUGGAAGAAGCAUCCCAACAAGAAAAGCUGGCCAAAGAAUGGUGCUUCAAGCCUUGUGAAAUAAGAGAACUGAGUCACCAUGAGUUCUUCAUGCCUGGGCUGGUAGAUACACACAUCCAUGCCCCGCAGUACUCUUUUGCUGGUAGUAAUGUGGACCUGCCACUUUUGGAGUGGCUGACCAAGUACACAUUUCCUGUGGAACACAAAUUCCAGAGCAUUGACUAUGCUGAAGAAAUAUACACCAGAGUUGUUAGAAGAACUCUAAAGAAUGGAACAACCACAGCUUGUUACUUUGGAACAAUUCACACUGACUCAUCGCUGCUUCUUGCGGAAAUUACAGAUAAAUUUGGGCAGCGGUCAUUUGUGGGCAAGGUCUGCAUGGAUUUGAAUGACACUGUUCCAGAGUACAAGGAAACCACUGAGGAGUCGGUUAAGGAAACAGAGAGAUUUGUGUCAGAAAUGCUCCAAAGGAACUAUUCUAGAGUGCAGCCCAUAGUAACACCACGUUUCCCCCUUUCCUGCUCUGAGACUUUGUUGGGUGAACUUGGAAACAUUGCCAAGAUCCAUGAUUUGCACAUUCAGAGCCAUAUAAGUGAAAAUCGUGAUGAAGUUAAAGCUGUGAAAAACUUAUACCCUGGUUAUAAAAACUACACAGAUGUGUAUGAUAAAAAUAAUCUCCUGACAAAUAAGACUGUGAUGGCUCAUGGCUGCUACCUUUCUGAAGAAGAACUGGAUAUAUUCAGGGAACGAGGAGCAUCUAUCUCACAUUGUCCCAAUUCUAACUUAUCGCUCAGCAGUGGCCUUCUCAAUGUGCAAGAGGUCCUGAAACAUGAAGUGAAGAUAGGACUGGGUACAGAUGUAGCUGGUGGUUAUUCAUCUUCCAUGCUUGAUGCAAUCAGAAGAGCAGUGAUGGUUUCCAAUACCCUUUCAAUUAAUAAGAUAAAUGCAAAAAGCCUCACCCUCAAAGAGGUCUUCAGACUAGCUACUCUUGGAGGCAGCCAAGCCCUGGGGCUGGAGAAGGAGAUUGGAAAUUUUGAAGUGGGCAAGGAAUUUGAUGCUCUUCUGAUCAACCCCAAAGCAUCUGACUCUCCUAUUGACUUGUUUUAUGGGGAUUUUGUUGGUGAUAUUUCUGAGGCUGUUAUCCAGAAGUUCCUCUAUCUAGGAGAUGACCGAAAUAUUGAGGAGGUUUAUGUGGGCGGAAAGCAGGUGGUUCCCUUUUCAAGCUCAGUGUAAGACCCUCAGCAUCUACGAGUUCUCCUGGGAUAAUGUGGUUCUGCAUCUCCUUUGUGCCCAGGUGGAGUUAGAAAGUCAAAAAAUAGUACCUUGUUCUUGGGAUGACUGUCUCCUUCUACAUCUAGUUACAGUAUUCACUUGACAAAUUGUUCAAAGGAAGCUGCGCUAAUUCUCAACUCUCUGGGAGGAUUAAAAAUUUCUCCUUUUUGAGCUGUUCAGUUUUACCUUAAAGCUCAAAUUUAAGGGAAUGUUAUUACAGAUGGUGUUAAGAGAAUUAAAUAAAAUCUUUUUCACAUUUGGAAAUGUGAAGAGAAAAGAUAUUCCUAUAAGGUUAGAUAUUUUGAGCUGGUAAUGUGAAAAUUGGGAAACAAAAACUGAACCAGUGAGUAUAUUUUAUGAAAGAGUAAGAGUUGACUAUGAACAAACAUUGGAAAGUCACUUCAGACCAUGUUUGAUAAUUAUAUACUGAGCGUACUAAUUUAAAAAGAGAACUUGUUGAAUUUUAAAAUGUAUUUCUAGAUCGACCUUGUGUUCUGGAAAUUUGCACUUACUGGAAUUUGUGUUUCAGAGACGUGUUAUUGUUGUGCUUUGCAUUCUUUGGAGAUGAAAUAUCAGAAAUUGAAUGCUACAUGCUUUCUUAAUAUAGUUCUCUGCUUCAAAGUGUUUGGCAGAAGUUGGGUAUUAAAAAUUUAAGGACUCUUAGGAAUAUUAUUUACAUAACUACAUGGCAUAAAUAGCUUUACCUUUGUGUACUUUAAAAUCGCCUUACUGUAUAACUGUAUGAUGCUAUUAUUGCUUCAGCUUUAUUAGAAAAUAAGCAAAUUCCAUACUCCACUGUUGUGUGGACUGGAGUUUUCAUAAAUUGGGGCAAGUGCUAGGCAUCCAGGAGCUGUCAAUGCUAAAAGAAAGGGUUUCAUUGCAAUGACCUGUUCUCCCCAAGAACUAUGUCAUAGUUACUGGAAAUUUCAUACUCAGAUAUGAAUCUGUUAGAACUUUAAAAUGAAGGACAAGUCCAAUUAGACAAAUAUUAAAAGUCUUUAAACCUUGCAUAUUGAAAGCAAUCUAUUUUUCAAUUUUGUCUUGUCUUUUAAUUCCUAAUAAUUUUCAGGAUAUUAGAAUUUUAGGAUAAUGAAAAAUAUAUAAAUGUCCCACUAAGGUUUAUAUUAAUAGGACUUAAAAAAUUAAAGCAAAGAAUAUUUUUAUGGUUCCUAAUAUAAUGUGCUUUCCCAUAACCUAGAAUUAAAAAUAAAUUAUGACUUUAUGAGAAAUCCUUACGAGUAUUGAUACGAAUGUUUAAUACUAUAUUUUUCUCUUUUAAUUACAAAUACUAUAAACCAAUAAGAAAAAGGAGAAGAUUUUCUUAAUAUAUCAUAAUACUCAUAUUUAGGGCUUAGCUGUGACUCCUUAUUAUCACUUUAUAGUAGAGAAUUUUAUGUAAUAUAGCUAAAUCCACAUCUGCAGAACGAAGAACAAAAUUUCUUCUUUGUUACUAUAAAUUUUCUUCUCACAUAAUUAUGCUAAUUCAGCAGUAAUUUGCUCAGUCCCUGGACCCACCCCAGCUAAACACUUCUAGACUUAUGCAUACAUUAUAUCUAAAGAUAGAACAAAUUUUUGGCCUUAUUUAUUUUUUUAAAAAGCAGAAUUUCUAUUGUGGGGUAUUAAGUAACUCAGUAAGCCCAGUUUCUAGUCUCAGUCUUUAGUUCCUGACUUCCUAGUUCCUGAGCCACGUCAAAGAUGCCCCACCAAAUUUCCCUCCAUUCCUCUGUAGUGCCAGCCAAUGUUUUCUGCUCUCCCAGUCCCUGCCAAAGGAACUUGGUUACCUGGUGCCUAACCCACAUGGGUGGGCUUAGGAAUUUGGAUGACAUGUUCAAGAUCCAGUAAUAGGCAGCAGCUGUUCCUAGCCUUUGCAAAGAUCCUAUACUUUUACCUUCCUUAAGUACAUUUUGAUGUUGAACAUCAGGUUUCAUUUAGAUUUAGGACUCAUAUGCAGUAAAUAUAAAUAAGUGCAGCAUCUGAAGCAGGAAGAAUGGCCAUAUACAACCAAUCUGUCAAAUGUCAAAUUUAGCCCUAACAGUAUGUUGAGACCUGAAUAUUGCUUCUAGUAAAAAUGGAAUGUGUUGAAAUAUAUACACAUACUUUGAUCUUUCUGCCUCACUUACAACUUCAUGUGUUUUAUUUCUUCAAGUGCAGUGUUGCUGAAUGUUGCAUAUGCUUUUUGCAGUGCUGCAGGCAUUGGUCAUACAUGUGCCCAGGUGUUCUGCACUUUGAAAUGUUGCCUUUGCUUCAUGUGGGUUGACUUUCUGAAUGUAGAUAAGCAGUAUUCCAAGCCAAUCCUAUUUGUCACUUUAUGUUUGAAUAUUUUGCUGACAGGAACAGAAGAAUUAAAAUGUCUUCUCAACUCCCUAACCCUACCCUGUGCUAUAUGUCUAAGGCUGUGUGAGAUGUUUAAUGGAAUAUACUUUAACAGGUAAAAACUUAUUCAAUGUUCAAAAGUAUAUUGACCAUCAUACAUUUAAAAAUAUUUUUGCAACCAGAACACAAAAGCAGUCUUAUCAGCUAAGGUGAAUUUAGUUUUCAAAAGAAAGUGAAACAUAGGAUCAGGACGGGAGAGGUUGUCCUAGUAAUAGUAAACUGAGACCAAAGAAAUUCUAUUCUCUUAUUCAUUCUUGCAGCUUCUUCUGAUUUGUCAAAGCUUUUAGAAUCCAAGAGAAUAUCUUGGAAUAAGCUCCAUUCAUGUUAGGAGGAAACAUUCCUUAAUUAAUAUCAUGAGCAUUGAACCCUACUGAAUCACUGAAUAUUUUUUUUUUUUUGUUUCUGUGAGAAUUCUGCAUAGUCAAGAAAGAAAGGCUGUGGGGAAACACCUAUUAUGUGUAUCUGGUUUGAAGUGUGCUCUUGAAUAUCCCUGUUGGUAGCUACAACUGCGGUCUCAGAAGGGAAACAUAACGGCUCUGGAGAUCCAGCAAUGCAGUUUGAAUCUUCACUCACUUCCAAACUCUUUCUAUUUUUAAUAUUUUAACCUCAGAAUAAGACACAUGGAAAGCUUUAAAGGCAAGCUGGGAGGCAUGUUGUAUCAAUUCUGUCUUGUCAUAUACAUGGAAGAUACCCCAACUUAGAUGCUUCUGGACAGAGGUGAUGAUGCCAGAAACAUUCACAUGUUCAAAAGAGUGUUCUGAGUUAUUCAAAAGUGGACUAAGAAAUGUGUCAUAGGCAAUGUCCUGAAGUAAUUUUCAAAUUUGUGGAUUGUUGUGAAUUUUUAGGGUGUUUUUUUUCUUUAUAAUUUCAGAUCUACUUAGCCAUGUUAGGUAUGACUUUGGACCCUGACACUUUUUAAUGUCUCUAAAGGAAAAGCAUGGAAAGAAAUGCACAAAUGAGCAGACACUUAUUAGACAGCCUGGCACUGGUCCCAUGCAUGUUUUCAUGCCCAGCCCCUCUUCCCUUUCCCUCCCUCAGCCCUGAGUGUGAGAGAUCAAGAUGUGAGGGGUUAGCCUGUAAAUCUGGUCCAAAUUUAGUGAGGUGCAAAAGUUGAACAGGCCAAUGAUGAAAGGAAAUCUUAAUUUCAAGACGGUUUCAACAGUCCAUGGAGUUCAGAUGACCUGAGUAGCAGAUGUUACAUGACAUUGCUUUACCUGCUCACUUCCUACCCAAGAGCCUGUCAGAAAGUGUUCUUUAUUGAAGACCACCUCAUGUUGUGUUAAGCUCCUGAUCGCUGCUCUUAAAAAUAUGUAUUUAUGUAUUUGUGGGGACAUUCUUCUCACUAAAUGUAUGAUUUGCUUGUUGUUCCUGUGCUAAGUGAGCAUCUUUGUGCAUCAGACAAAAAUAAAUGAGAUUUUGUGUUUACAUUUUU